GGCUGGAGUCCAACUCCAUCGAACAAUGGCCAGCCUAUAUAAACCUACCACUCGUAGUUUAGUGUCACUCAUCACAACACCUCCUCCAAGACCUCAUGAAAGUUGUGGUUCUUGCACUGACCCUCCUCUUAGCCUUGGGCUCCCAUGCCCAUACCCUGCAGGCCGAUGCUUCCUCUCAACAGGAGAACUACAAGGCAGCUGCUAUGGUCUACCUGGAUCAGGUGAAAGCCCAUGUCUCUAAAGCCCUGGAGCACCUGGAAGGAACUGAGUAUGACCAGUACAAGCAGAAGGUGACCGAGAGCCUUGACAAACUCCAGCAGUACGCUGAGACCACCUCCCGCUCCCUGAGCCCAUACACCACCCAUCUCAUGGACAGUGCCAAUCAGAUGCAUGAGCACAUUCUGUCUGAGCUGGAGAAUCUGCAUUCCAAGCUGGUGCCCAUUGCCAACGAGUACAAGGAGCAUGUACUGAAGGCUGUGGAGGAUGUGAAGGAGAAGUUGGCCUUCCACACUGCUGAGCUGCAUGGACAUGUGGAGCCCUUCCUGAAGGCCAGGAAGUGCCAGUUCAUAUCUUAUUAUGUCUACCUUGCCCAUGCUAUUGAUGACAUGCUAUCACGUUACAUCUAGAAGAAUUGCAUUCUCAUUCAUAUACACACCUGAGCAUAGUCCACGCCUGAAAUUCAUAUGUUCCUAUGCUUGAGAUUAACCUUGUGUGUCGGCCACAAAAUUCACCUAUGAUCUGAUGAUGCAAAACAAAAA